CCUACAAAAGGCGAGGGAUGCGAUUGCAGCACCACAGUCUGCGUUGAACUCGUAAGGAACAUACCACGUCAUGUCAAGCCAGACCAGUGCUGUGGGGGCCCUGCUGCCCGGUGGUCAGUUCAAGCUCACACUGUGGGAGCAGGAGAACUUCCAGGGCAAGCGAUGCGAGCUCACGACCGAGUGCCCCGGGGUGACUGAGCGCCCCAUCGAGCACGUGCGCUCCAUCAAGGUGGAGUGCGGAGCAUGGGUGGGAUUCGAGCACCCGGAGUUCCAGGGCCAGCAGUUCGUGCUGGAGAAGGGCGACUACCCCAUGUGGCAGUCAUGGAGUGGUAGCUGCGCUUACCGCACGGAGCGCAUCCAGUCAUUCCGUCCCAUCAAGUCCGCGGCCCACGGGGAGAGCAAGGUGGUCCUGUUUGAGGGAGAGAACCUGCAGGGUCGAAAGGCGGAGCUCUGUGACGACUGCCCUUCGAUGCAGGCCAUGGGCUGGAGCACGCGGGAGAUCCAAUCCGUCAAGGUCAACAGUGGCGCAUGGGUUGCGUACCAGUACCCGGGAUACCGCGGAUACCAGUUCGUGUUGGAGCGCGACCGCCACAGUGGGGAGUACAAGAGCUACAGCGAGUUCGGCAGCCAAGCGCACUCUGGCAACAUCCAGUCCAUCCGCCGCAUUCAGCAUUGAAUCGGACUGGACAGCCCCGCCAGUUGCACUCACCCCUGUGCCCUCUACCUACACCUGCCCGCAUGGGGUGGGUGGUGAUCUUCCCAAGUUCAAGGCACCCUGCCGAUACACCUGCCAGAGUUUGUGGUUGAUCACCUCCCUGAGUCCUGCCUGCCCGGUAUUACUGCUUACAUAUCGCGACUUAAAGCAUGCGGUCACGCGAGUUCAGUUCAGCCCCCUUAAUUUAAUUUGGACCAGAGCCGACAGAGGCGCAGUUAUCUUUUGCGAGAUCUGGAAUAAAGAGCACACGAGGCUUAGACAGCCUACAGGUCGACUUCUCAUCCGCAAAUGAUUUGCAUUCCGCACAAUACGAGAUCAAACAAAAAAACAUUAUUCUCUCCAUGGACUAGAACUAUCAAUAUCUACACCUUCAUUAUCCGGAGUACACCGGCAUCGCCAACUGCCUGCCUAUCUCCCACGUGGGGGUAUCUUGAAUGUCAAAUCAGAUUCACUUGAAACACCAAACGUGCCUAAUUAUGGUGCAACUGCCUCAUUAGUUUGAAUCUCAGUUGCAUCUCUCGUACACAAAUAACACAACAGAACACUCCACGUAGCAUGGAUGGAAUGUCUAACGCCAUCACAUGUAAGGUGCUUAUUGACUGUUACGUGGUUUGCAUUUGUUCCUUGGGAUGAUGAAUGUCAAGAUAUUAAUGCGUUCGUGAAGUUCAGGCGUUUUACCUCCCUGCAGAACAGAACUCGCUGUGCGGAUGGCAUCUCAUUAUCUUAAACUUGAACGAUCAAAAGCACCCACACCCAAUGCACGCAAAGCUUAAGAGCACAGCGAACCUUAUUUAUAAACACUCCUGGUGCAAAUGCAGAAAUGCAAUGAAUA